GUAACGUAUUUCCAAUGGUUUAUAAAUUGUUACCCGACAAGUGUCAAGAAACUUACACAAGAUUAUUAUAUCUAAUAAAAAAACAUUUCCCAAAUUUUAAUCCUCAUAGUUUUAAAAUAGACUAUGAAAUGGCUAUGGCCAAUGCCAUACAAACAGUAUUUCAAAGUGCUAAAAUAACGGGUUGUUACUUCCAUUACACCAACGCAAUAAAAAAAAGCGAAGUAGUUAGAGAUGAAGUCUCACAUCAAAAAUUUAUACAGUUGUGUUAUCAGUUGCCGCAUCUACCGGAAACUUAUAUUCCGGAAGGGUUCAUGACUAUAUUGCAUCAAGCACCAGAAGGUAAAGCUACUGUUAAUUUUGUUAAGUACUUUACAAAGCAGUGGUUGUCGUCGAAUAAACCUACAAUAUGCUGUUACAAACAAAAGCAUAAAACUAAUAAUAUUGCCGAAGGAUGGCAUAGUCGCAUAAAUAAAAGGAUUAAGCGUAAACCAGGACUAUUACAUUUUAUACAAAUGCUAGAUAAAGAGGCCAAAAUUCAAAACAUCAGGGUAUUUAAAAAAAUACAUCAGCUUCAAAGCAAUGCCAGACGCCGGAAACAUUUAUUAAAAGAAACUAGAAUUGGACAUAUAGAAAAAAAAAAUGUUAAUGAAAAGGUUUCAAUGAGGAAGGGAUUAAAUAUGUUAAGACGUUUAAAUUUAGGUUAGGAGGACUACUCAGUUUCUUUUUUUAAAUUUUCCGUUAUAAGAUAAAAAGAAUUCCGUAUGUGUUGUUUAAGCAGAUGUCUUAUUUUGUUUUGGUUUUAAUAAACAUGUUAUGCUAUUAUUGUUUUACUUUUAUUUAUGGAAUCAUCGAUUUACAAAGCUUUGAC